UACGGUACUUGAGGAAUGUGCCGAAGGUGGAAGAAGACUGACGCUUACCUGCUCAGUUCUCUGGCCAUAGAAUCUGGAAGAAUGGCCGAACAACAGCAAAUUUCACGAUUAAUGACUGAAGAAAUAGUUCCUGAUGUAGUUGAUGAGCUUCCUUCUAAUUGUGUUAAGGUGAAGUAUGGCAGCCGUGAAGUGUCUUGUGGAAAUGUUCUGACUCCUACCCAGGUUUUUGAAGAGCCUACUGAAAUAUGUUGGCCAGCAGACACUAGCAACCUUUACACAUUAUGCAUGACAGAUCCUGAUGCCCCAAGUCGACAGAAUCCUAUAAUGAGAGAGUUUCUUCACUGGCUAGUUGUCAAUAUACCUGGAGUGAACUUUCAAAAGGAGACACUUGCAACAGUCUCCACAGAUAUGGUGUAUCUGGCAUAUCAGCAGCCAGGGAAAAUAAGCUGUGAUGAACCAAAAAUGCAACAACUCAGGAUCAAUUCCAGUGAGAGUCCACUCUUCACAGAGGCUGAAGGAAAAGUUGCUAGUGGUAGAAGGAGCAAAUUAUUUUUCCUUUCAGUUGAAAAUAGGAGACAAUUCAGCAUAAGGAAUUUUGCUGCCAAGUAUAAGCUGAAACCUGUUGCAGGAAAUUUCUACCAGGCUGAAUAUGAUGAAACAACAUUAAAAGUCCAUCGCCAGCUUGGAGUCAUUCCUAAGUGAUUAUUCUUGUAACCAUUCAUCAAAGCUCAAAAAUACCUUUCAAGGGCAUUACUGUACACUUCAGAUAUCUUAAAAUUCUUUUAUUUUGCUGAUGUAUACCUCAAAUAUAGUUUUACAUUUGUUUAUGAA